UACUAGGGCAUAAAAUAAAAAAACAAAUAUUCACUAUGUCGGACGCUUGGGAGGAAAUACAAGCUGUGAAAAGCAAAAGGAAAAGUUUCCGUGAAAAGUUGGAGAAACGAAAAAAGGAACGCCAAAGUAUCUUGAGCUCUAGUUUGGUCAGUGGCGAGAAAUCUGAUGCCUCUCCUAAUAAAGAUCGAUCACUUGGUAGCCCGGCUUCAAAAUCAGAAGCUUCAACUUUGCAAGAAAAGUCAAAACCAAUCGUUCCACCAGCAUCAUUGGAAGUGCGUCUAUUACAAGUUCUAUCAGAUAUGCAAUUGCAGUUACCUGCUACUGCCAGUGCUCUGCUACCAGGACUUGGAGAUGUGGACACGGAGAUUGUAGCAAACCUGUUACAGAAGUUUGCAACACAGAAGUUGAUCACUAUAAGAGAAAAAAUGGAAGUAACAACAGAUGCUGACGUUGAGGUAGUGAGUGCAGAGUCAGGGAGGCUUGCGGCCGUUCUUGCAGCUCUGAUGGAAGAAGAAACCACGACAACUAGCAACAAAAGAAAAGGUGAGAGUCCCAUUGAAGAUACAUCAAUUACAAAAGCUCCUAAGAUGUCCACCGAGGAAAAGAAGUCUGGCAAGAGCGACACAGAUAUUAUGUCCCUCCUAGCGAUGCCUUCAAGUAGAGAGAAAGCAGUGAAGAGAGUAGGUGAAGAAAUAAUGGAUUUAUUGAGCAAGCCCACAGCUAAAGAGAGGUCCUUAGCUGACAAAUUCAAAAGCCAAGGAGGUGCUCAAGUAAUGGAGUUCUGUCCGCACGGCACCAGAGCGGAGUGUGGUAGAGCUAUCAGCCCUAACAGUACACAAGACGGUACCACUAACACUUGCAAAAAGUUACAUUUCAAAAAGAUCAUACAGGGUCACACCGACGAAACCUUGGGUGACUGUUCAUUCCUGAACACGUGCUUUCAUAUGGACAGCUGCAAGUACGUUCAUUACGAAGUGGAUAACACCGAUCCAAAUGCGAACACUAAGACAGUGGAGGCGCUGACUAAGUCCGUGCAAAAUGGUACAAGUUCUAUAUCGAAGUGCUUGAAUACAGACGGUGUUUUGACUCUGACGCCUCCGCAGUGGAUACAGUGCGACCUUAGAUAUUUGGACAUGACGUUCUUAGGUAAAUUCGCCGUAAUAAUGGCUGACCCGCCUUGGGAUAUUCAUAUGGAGCUGCCCUACGGCACCAUGUCGGACGACGAGAUGCGGUGCCUCGGGAUACCGCAGCUGCAGGACAGCGGACUUAUAUUCUUGUGGGUCACGGGCAGAGCGAUGGAGUUGGGUCGCGAAUGCCUCAAGCUGUGGGGCUACGAGCGCGUCGACGAGCUGAUAUGGGUGAAGACGAAUCAACUGCAACGCAUCAUCAGAACCGGCCGGACCGGGCACUGGCUGAAUCACGGGAAAGAACAUUGUCUUGUUGGCAUGAAAGGUAGCCCUGAGAAUUUGAAUCGGGGUCUGGACUGUGACGUCAUCGUAGCCGAAGUUAGGGCGACUUCACACAAACCCGACGAGAUAUACGGCAUUAUCGAGAGGCUCAGUCCGGGUACAAGGAAGAUCGAAUUAUUCGGUCGCCCACACAACGUUCAACCGAAUUGGAUAACUCUGGGGAACCAGGUGGACGGCGUGAACCUUGUGGAUCCGGACCUGAUAGUCGCCUUCAAGAAACGUUAUCCGGACGGCAACUGCAUGGCGCCGCCGCCGCCAGACCCGGGACUCACUUAGCAUCACUCCGUUCUUAUUUUAUUGCUAAAAAACUUUAACUCGAUCAAGGUCAUAUGUGGCUCGCUAAGUACACUAAUGGAAAAUAUCCCAAGCACCGGUCAUCAUUCUAAACUAACCCUACAGAUACAGCCCACUGAGUUUCUCGCCGGAUCUUCUCAGUGGGGCGCGUUUCUG